AUGGACAAGUUAUUGCCACCAGCGCCUUUAAAUCUUAUCGGCAAUCUUGCAGAGAACUGGCGUAAGUUCAAGCAACAAUUCCAGAUUUACGAGACAGCGACGGGAAAUGACCAGAAAGAUGACAAAAUCAGGUCAAUGACUUUUCUGCACGUGGUAGAUCCAGAAUCUCUCGAAAUCUACAACACGUUUACAUGGGCAGAUCAGGAUGACAAACUUAAUUUGACUGCAAUUUGUGAACAGUUUGCAUAUUACUGCAAUCCCCGAAGGAAUGUUACUUAUGAAAGGCACGUUUUCAACACUCGAAAUCAGAGGGACGGCGAGAAAUUUGAUGCCUAUGUGACGGAAUUACGUAAUAAAGCUUCCACGUGCGAAUUUGACACGUUGAGGGAAGGUCUUAUUCGUGAUCGCAUUGUCUGGGGGAUUAAUAGUGACUCAGUCAGAUCCAGGCUUCUCAGAGAGAAAGACUUGCCAUUACAAAAAUUUAUAGACAUUUGCAGAGCGUCGGAAGCUAGCGGAGUUCAUCUUAAGGAACUAUCCGAUGAAAAAACGGUUCAUGCUAUGAAUCAUGGUCAAGGGGCUAGGCAUAAAUAUACGCACGGUGCAUACCGAGAUUCUAAACCGCCAAAAAAACUGCAUAAAUCGCAUAAAUCGCAUAAAUCGCAGUUAAACCAGAAGGAAAAUAUCAGUCAAGCGCAAAAACCUCCGCCGCAAUGGAAGUGUAAAUAUUGUGGAAAAUCUCACCAAAGGGGUCCAAAAAACUGCCCAGCGUAUGGAACCACAUGUGGGAAGUGUAAACGUUGGCAUCAUAUUACACACAUGUGUCUACAAGAUGCACGCAAUGUUCAUGUUUGUGAAUAUUCGGACAGUGACUCUGAAUCCGAUUCAUUCUUCAUAGGUACAGUCAUGGCCAAAAGUGAGUGUACCACACCGGACUCCGAAUGGCUUGUGGAUGUCAAAAUCAACAAAACCAAAGUACGUAUCAAGAUUGACAGCGGGGCACACUGCAACGUGGUACCAAAAUACAUAUGUGAAAAAGCUGGAGUAGCACACAUACGCAAAACGCGAGCCAAACUCGUCUCGUACACCGGACAUCGCAUCAAAACAAGGCCAACGUUGCUAUUUGAUACCGUGACAAAUAUCACGUCAUUGAGUGCAGCUAUUCCAGUAUUAGGUCUCCACAGCAGUGUCGAACUAGGUUUAAUUCAGCGUGUUUGCACAGCCGAGAAAAAAACAACGACUGAUGAACUCAAAGAUAAACGUAGUGCGUUAUUCAAAGGCAUUGGAUGUUUACCAGGCGAACAUAAAAUCGAGACUGAUGAAACCGUACCGCCGGUAGUCCAGCCGCCGAGGCGGAUUCCACACACGUUGCGUGACAAAGUCAAAGCGGAACUUCUGAAAAUGGAGGAUAUGAACAAAGUUGAGCAACCAACGAAAUGGGUCAAUCCUAUUGUUGUUGUACGGAAACCUACGGGUGACAUCAGGAUUUGUCUAGAUCCGCGUAAUCUCAACAAGGCAAUCAAGCGAGAACACUAUCCGUUAAAGACUGCUGAAGACGUAGCGGCCAGUCUCAAGUCUGCGAAAAUGUUCACUGAAGUGGAUGCGUCAUCGGGGUUUUACCAGAUCAAGCUAGCCGAGGAAAGUAGGUGGCUUACAACUUUCAACACGCCUUUCGGUCGUUAUAAAUUUGAACGUGUACCAUUUGGCAUCACAUCAGCUCCAGAGGUGUUUCAAAGAACUCUAUCGCACAUUUUGGAAAACUUCGAGGGAUGUGACGUGAUCAUAGACGAUAUUCUCGUUUGGGGUUCAAAUGAAGAUGAGCACAACGACAGGCUCGAAUAA